CUCCCUCCCUCCUCCUCCUCCUCCCUCCGCCCUCAGCUCCGCUCAUCGAUGUGACGCCGUCAGUACCUGAGGACUGAAGUGUACCUGUGGAUCCUGUCCCGGCCGCAGCACUAUGGGGAUCUCCGCGUCCAGUCUACUGGAUGAGACCAAAGCCAAUUACAUCAAAGAUCGGGCCGAGGCUGAGCUGAAGGAGUUCAGUCCGUACUACAGGAAGCAGUUCUCCGUGGCUCGUUUCUCUCAGGUGGAGGAUGACCUGGAGCAGCACAAAGAGCAGAUCACGCAGCUGCUCAUACAGAAGGAGGCUCCUGAGGAGGCGGAGGUGCUGUACGAAGAAGGCGUCUUUUAUUUUGACGACACCAGGAAGUGGAGGGAGCGCUAUGUGGUGGUGAGAGCCAACUACAGCCUGGAGUGUCACGACAGCCUGGAGUCUUUUGUUAAAGGAGUUCCUCCACGCCAAAAGCUGCUGCCUACAGGGGGCGCCGUUCUGACCACAGAGGAGAAGUACAUGUCCAUGGUGGACAAGUGCUUUCCUGAUGACACCAACGUGAAGGAGGACUUUGCUCCUCCUCUGUCAGGGAUGCCCGGACAGUUUCCUGUGUACCUGCGCCUGCCCUACAGGAGAGACUCCUACUUCUGCUUCAGACAGCAGGCCAAACAGGAAGCCUUCCUGUCCAUGCUGUCGGACUGCAUCAGACACCAGAACCAAGACUUCCUGAAGAAGACGACGUGUGAAGUGCAGGCCUUCCUCAAAGCCAUCCAGCUCUACAGACAGGACAGAGACCAGUUCGAGGCCUGGGACAUGCUGAUAGGAAGUGAUGUCAGGGUGAUGGGAAACCUGGUGAUGGAGCAGCUGCUGCCGUCUCUUGAGAAGGACAUGCUGCCUCGCCUCAAAGCCAAGAAGACGGAGAAGAAGAGGGUCUGGUUUGCUACGCUGGAGGCGGCCUACAUCCUGGUCCAGGAGCACCUGUUGGAGGGACUUUCAGAGCUGAAGGAGGCGUGUCGAGCGUCGGCCCGGCAGCAGGAGGUCCUGAUCCACUCCGACAUGGACCAGAUCGUGGAGUCCAGACGGCAGCUGGAGGAGAAAGUCCGAGCCAAGGUGUCGGAGCCGGCAGAGAAGCUGUGCUCCGAGCGUGUCCAGCCGUACCUGGCCUCAGUGCUGGAGGAACUCAUGCAGCCAAUCAGCUCCGGCUUCCAGGAGGGACGCCAGCUGAGUCAAAGUCUGAUGGACCAGGUGUGCCAAGACAUCCUGCCGCAAGGAAACGACGAGCAGCUGAAAAGGGCUCUGGCUGACAUGGCGAGGCCCAACCUGCUGAGCUGCUACCAGAAGAUCGGCACCCUGCAGGACAAAGUGCAGCAGCUGCAGGACAGAUUUGGUUUCUCGAACAUCACUGGCGUGAUUCACAGCGCCCAGAUCGACCUGCAGCAGCUCAUUGAAAACGCUGCGUACACGUUCAAGCAGCUGCUCUAUAAAGCCAUCCAGGACAACCCAGAAAACGCCGGCUCUGCCAUCGAAAAGGCCGAACUCAGAGUGCUCAAGCAAUACGACUAUGACAGCAGCACGGUGAGGAAGAGGAUCUCCCAGGAGGCUCUCGUUGCCAUCACUCUGCCCUUCAUCAAGAAGAACCUGGCCCCCAUCUGCAAAACCGAGCUUCAGGGUCUUGACCAGUUCAUCGAUGCUGAUCACUCCAACUUCAUCCACAUUGAGAACGUUUAUGAGAGCAUCCUCCUGCAAACUCUAGACAAGGAGGUCACCAAAGUGGUGAAGGAGGCAGCGAGCCUGCAGAAAUACAACCUGUUCACAGACAGCAGGGACCUGCUUAGUCAGUCCAGCCACUCCAGCCUGUCCUCACCAUCCGUCUCCACUCCAAGCAGCCCUGCCAUGACGCUUGCCUCCCCCACUAAGACUUCCCUUCAGCUGCAGCCUCCCCCUCCUCCUGUGCUCCACAGUCUCUCGUCCACAGCCCAGGAGAAAGCGAACGGUGAGUUGCAGAGUGAAGCGUCGACAGGCGUGGCAGUCAUCGAGACGCCUCUGGGGAAGGCCGAGCCAAAGGAGACAACUCGGAGCGCUGCUGUCGGUCAGGAGGUACCAACGCUCAAAGCAGAAAAUGUCGUCCACACUGUGACGGCCGAAGCAGACACACCUGCCGCACUUCAGACAGCAGCUUUAGCAGAGUCAACCAACCAGAGUGCGAAACAGGAAGUAAAGAUAAAAGCAGCUCCAGAGACUGUGAUCCAAGAGGAAGUGAUUUCUGUCCAAACGGAACAAGCCGCGGCGGAUGUUGAGCCUCAGCUGCACGGUGCAGAUGCUCCGAAAGCAGCAGAAAUCUCCAGUGUUGUAGAAAGCAUACAGACAGAUGCAGAAGCUCCUGAACCAAGUCCGGAUUCUACAGAUGAAGUGGUAAACACCUCAGCAGAGGGUACUGAUCCCCAAACUGCAGCCGGCAGUGAAGAUAAGACGCACUGUGAGAGCUCAGACAUCAAGUCAGAGGCUCCCUCUGCUGGUCAAACACCUGAACUCACACCUGCGGACACCAGCCUUGACCUGAAGCCAGAGGAAGCAGCAGAAACAGUUAGCGUCUCAGACCCAAAUUCUCUGGAUGUGUCAGUAGGAAGCGAGUCGGCUCCCUCAGAUGUGGAGUCCAUGGAGGAAGUCAAAGACACACAGAGCAGCGAGGAAGAAAUGUCGACUACCUCUGAUGUCGUGGAGGACAAGGCUAACCUCACUAAAUCACCUGUGAGCUCAGAUGAUCCCGCUGAACACUCAACGGCAAGCGACGAGCCGGCUCCUCGGGUCCAGACAAAAGCUGUGGGCGAGGACGGCGGCGUAGGUGGGGACAUCGAGGCGGGAGCGAGUGUUGAGCCAUCAGAGGAGGUGGCAGCAGCCUCUCAAUCUCCUGUGCCCGCAGGAGAAGAAACCCCGUCUAGCCCUGAGGCCCAGCCCCUGGACUCCGUCAAGGAGAUCCGAGACCUGGUGGUGGAAGUGAUCGAGGUGGAAGAGCUGGUGCAGCGUUACCCCGAUGGAGUUCCAAAAGAGGAGUGAAGCAUCCCAAUGAGCUGCAGCUUCACCGUUCGGUCUCCUGAAGGGACAGUGAAACAGAAGCUUCCGCCGCCACAAAGAAACACAAAGACGGAAACAAACGCGAAAGCUUCCGGGAACUUUUCAACACAUAUGCAUGAAGUUAUUUAUACACAUCAUUUAAACACAGCAACAUGAAACCAACAGGUCGGGUUCGUCCAGAGACGGCACGUCUUCACACACUGCGGGCUGGAAGCCGAGGGAAACGGCUGGUGUGGCCCUCAGAUGUAUUUUACUGUUACUGCAUCGACAUGUAAGCGGCAUGUCGUCGAGGUGCGUCUCAGGUUAAUCUGAGUCAUCAGUCCAGUCAUCAGUCCAAGCCAUUUCAUGCUCGGGAAGGUAACAAGUCUGUUUCCCUCUGAAUGACACGAAGUGACCUCAGAAUUCAGUUCUGCAUCUCCACCCGGCACCGAACUCCACCCAAAAGCACAGCCCGAGGACUUUACAUUUCUGCUUGUGUUCACUUAAACAGAGAAGACAUGUUAACCCAUCAGCUUACAGAACGAGUAACGAAGGCCAACUGUUGCAAUUCAACACACUCAACUGGCUGUAAAGUGCUGACUGUGCUGGACACACUGCAGGGGCGUAGAACCACAGACGCCGACUGAUGGCCCCACGUCAGCGGAGUGUCGGCCUGGCGUGUCUGGGUCCUGACAGGUUUGUUCAGCUUUGGACUGAACCAGGCUAGCUGUGUCCCUCCGCUUCCAGUCCUGAAUCCAGCUCUGUAACAAUCACACGCACGAGUCGAAUCUGUGUCGAAAUGAAUUUAGAAAUCAGAUAUUGGAAUCUAUUGGACCGCUGUUCAGUGGAUCAAUACCAUUCAAACUAAAGCUGUGCUGUAGGAACAAUUUAUUUCUCAUUCAUGUGAUUUUAUCUCAAAAAAAGUAGCUCAUCAAAGUGCCUCCAGUCACAUGACAACAGAAACCUGCCUUUGUCACGUGGAUGCGGUUGCCGUAGAGACGGGUCAGAGUCUAAACACCUGUGCUGUAGCAUCGUGAGUGCCUUUUACCUGUGUGGAGCGUCUGAUAGAGACGUGGUUAGUGAGACAGUCUGCAGUGAGGACCACAGAGUGUCCACAGGGUGAAUGUGGAUUCAUGGAAACACUGUGUGGAGACAUAAAUAAUAAAACAUGUAAUCAAA